CUCUCUUGAAUGCUGUCAGCUGUAAUAACAAACUCCCAUACAGGAAAUUUGAAAUGUGAAAUCACCCGCCCAUCAGUAAUAUAUCUUUCUGAAGGUCAGUGAACACAAUAUUAAGUAGAAAAAAUGUGUAACGUCCCUUGAACUGAACUGGGAUAGACGAUUAUGGUGUAAAAAGGUUUAAAAAACGGCCUUUCCACAUAACUAUCACCGUGUUUACAACCCCCUCGCGACAAUGGUAGGGAAUCGCUGCAACCUCCACCGCCUGUUCACGACGUUGCUCUUGAUCUCAACGUUGUCCCUGGUGUUCGUGGUCAACUUCUACGGUUUCGUCCUCGAGGUGAGACAAGACCCGAACCCCCAACAUAGCAAGGCGGGAGCUAAAGAUGAUAGCGAGAAGGCGGUUGGGAAGAAAUCACUGUCUGACGCGGAGGAGGCCCUCAUGGGAGCGUACGGCGGAAAGGACGAGAAACCUAGACAAAUCCAGGGGCAGGGCGAGGUAAAAGCGCAGGUCCAACAGCCUCCAGAACCACAGGGGAAAGUCCUUGAACCACCGGCGAAGACCCUGGAACCAUCGGAGUCACAAGCACAAGUUCCUGCGCCUCCAGAACCUCCUCCUCCGAUGCCAAAGAACGUACCACAGCCUCCAGAACGCAAACCGGAACCCCCAAAGACACCAGAGAAAACCCUCAAGCCUCCAGAAGUUGUAGAGAAAACCUCCGAAAGAAAAUCGAAUCUGACAACACUGACAACACGACAGACGAGCGCCCAAAAGUCAGCCACAUCGAAGCCGAAAUCCGUAGCGGAGUGGAUUAAUAAAUCGGCUAACUGUCUCCCUCUGCCGAAGAACUUCCACAUCGAUCCCGUUCCUCAGGAAGACUGCAAGGAGCCUCACGUUGUCAUGCACGCGGGAGGCCAACUGGGGAACAAGAUGUGUCAGUACAUCAGCCUGUACCUUCUGCGACAUAUCUUCGGGGUUCGGGUGUCCAUCACGCCCCGCAUGAAGGAAGUCCUGUCAUGGUACUUCGUCAACGUCAGCCUGCCGAUCCAGGACCCCGAGUGCUUCACCAAGGACACCCUCAGGAUCACCUACGACGACCUCUACCUCCUGCUGCAGUCCCGGGCGGCGUCGUCCAAGUCGUCGGGGGUCGUCCGAACGCGCCUCAUGGGCAGGUCGUACUACAUCUACCACCACCCCUGCCCUCGGGACGUCAUCAUGGCCCACAGGAGCCUCGUCAGGGGCGUGCUGGCGUUCAGGGAGGAGGUCCUGGCGCAGGCGAGGAGCAACCUGCAGGAGGCCCUCGGCAGGAUCCAGUGGCCCUUCCCGCUGGACAACACGACCGUCGUCUCCGUCCACGUCCGGCGGCGGGACUACACGGCCUACAUCCUCAAGCACUACAACCUGACGCAGCUCGACGAGGCCUACUUCAGGAGGGCCUUCCAGUUCUUCCGCGACAG